AUGGCGGCUGAGGCUUCUCCAAACGAAUCAAUGGUUUCAAAGAUGAAUAACGAACUCGAGGGUAAUCCAUCAAAAUCGCCUAGUCCGACCAUUAAAGUCAAGCCAAAGCAUGUUAAGCAUGUUAAGCAUGUUCGCAGAAGCCCUUCUCCACCUGAUCCGAGGGCCGGCAAGAACAAAUUGCGACCAGCGGCAGAUAUCAUCAAUCGCAUCACCUGGGACGAAGAAUUCAAACGUACCGACUUCAUCAUCGGCUUCGUGGAUCGAUUCGAAGGACAAUUGGAGAUCAAUAUGGAAAACUGGAAGAAGGAGUCAACGGAUGAGGAGUUCAUUCCACAACAUCGCAUCAUAUACAUCAAGCAUGUUGAUGGAGAGGUUGUAUGGGAUCGAAGGAGACGCAUCGACAAGGUUUUUACCAGUGGGAAUUCGGCAUUUAGCGAGUUGGCGUUCUUGAUGUGA